AUGCAGUUUGCUGGAAUUCCAGCACGUUUAAAAUUGUUUGGUGUUGUGAUUGUGUUGUUGCAAGGGGUGAUGGUUCUUUGCACGUCUCCCGUGAGUCUUAAGCUAGAGAGAGCUUUUCCACAUAACGAUGAGAUGGAUUUGAGUGAAAUAAUUGAUAGAGAUCGUUCAAGGCAUCAUAGAUUCUUGAAGCAACAAGACUCGCAUACAAAAGAUGUUAUCGAUUUCCCAAUUCAAGGCACUUAUGAUCCUUAUCGUGUUGGUCUCUAUUAUACAAAGGUUCAAUUGGGUUCUCCUCCUAAGGAAUUUUAUGUACAAGUUGACACCGGAAGUGAUGUAUUGUGGGUCAGUUGCAAAGAUUGCACAGGUUGCCCUACGUCGAGCGGACUCAAAGUUCCAAUUGUAUUUUAUGACCCUUCAAGUUCAUCAACAUCUUCUUUGAUAUCCUGUUCAGACGAUAGGUGUACCUUAGGAAUCCAUGCUACUGAGGCAGAAUGUUCAAGUUCAAAGUUUAAGUGCACUUACAAACUUAAAUAUGGAGAUGGGAGUGCGACAUCAGGAUAUUAUGUGUCGGAUUUAAUCCAUUUGGAAAUUAUGUCUGAUGAUAAAAACCCAUCAUCAAACGCUUCGUCCUAUGUUAUGUUCGGUUGCAGCACAUCUCAAUCUGGGGAGUUGUCUAGAUCGGAACGAGCUGUCAAUGGGAUCUUUGGAUUUGGUCAACGAGGUUUAUCUGUUAUCUCACAACUUGCUUUACAAGGGGCAGCUCCAGAUGCAUUUUCUCAUUGUCUUGUUGGUGAUGGUGAUGGCGGUGGUAUUUUGGUUCUUGGUCAGAUCAUGGAUCCAAAGAUGGUCUAUUCACCACUCGUCCAGUCACAACCACAUUAUAAUUUACAUCUGAAGAGCAUUGCUGUUAAUGGCAAAACACUGUCAAUUGAUCCAUCUGUUUUUGAAUCAUCACACAAGCGAAAAGGGACCAUAAUUGAUUCCGGGACUACUCUUGGAUACCUACCAGAAGAGGCCUAUGAUCCUUUCGUGGAAGCUAUUACGAAGUCUGUUUCUCAAUCUGUCCAGCCUUUUGAUUCAAAGGGAUAUCAGUGUUAUAUAACUAAGAACAGCCUCUCUGAGAUGUUUCCCACUGUGAGCUUAAAUUUUGAGGGUGAUGCUUCAAUGGUUUUAAAACCUGGAAACUACCUUUUAAAGCAGAGGACCACGGAUGGUGAAUCAGCAUGGUGCAUUGGUUUUCAGAAGGUCAAGGGUCAAGGCCUCACAAUUUUAGGAGAUAUUGUUCUGAAAGACAAGAGUGUUGUUUAUGACUUGGGUGGUCAAAGAAUCGGUUGGGUUGAUCAUGACUGUAAGACACCUGUUGAUGUGUCUACUAAAUCAAGUGACCGUCGAAGGAUGUCAAAUGCUAGUUCACUGCAGAAUACACUAUACAAGCUAACUCCUUUCAUGAUUUUUGCUUCCAUAUUACAUUUAUUGGUAUUUAGUGAUUUCUUCAGCAUAAUAUCUUAGUUUUCACAACCAUUAUCCAGAU